AUGUCUUCUCCAAAUCCCACUCUUCAAACUGAAAAUCUUAUUCUCCGUCCUGCAAUCCCUUCUGAUGCAGCGGCCCUCGCAGCCAUAUUCGCCAACCCUCUCAACAGCCAAUUUGAGCCGCAUGCGCCAAGCAACCCAACGGUAGAAGAAUACCAAGGCCGAAUCGCCAAAUGGGUGGACUUACGCAAUAGCGGGAAAGCCUUCUUUCUCGUCAUAACGCGACGCUCAACAACACAAUCUGAGAAUGGCGUUAUCGGCUUCGGCGGUAUCAAUGGCGUCUCUACUGACGCUCAGGGAAAGCGAAUUGCUGACCUGGGUGUGCUGAUCGAUAGUUCCGAGUGGAGGAAGGGAUACGGACGAGAAGCGUUGCAUGCUACGUUGGAGUUUGCAUUUCGUAACGUGGAGGAGGAGGGUGUCGGAUGCGAAGAAGCGUUUUUUGAGACUUUGGCGGUUAAUGCGCCAUUCCAAGCACUGGCUGAUAGGAUGGGUUUGGCGAAGUGGAAGCGGGUGGUCAGCGAGGGAAAAGAGGUUGAAUACAGGUUUAGCAAAGACGAUUGGGAGGGAGUGAAGAAUGGAAGUGCGUGA